AUGAGAAUUUCAACUUUGAUUGGAUUAUAUAUCAUUAAUUUAUGUUAUGGUGAAAAUUUUAUAACUCAAAUUAAGGAAGAACCAAAUACAUAUUUAGUUAAAGCAAAUAUAGCAGAAACAUUAGGACAAAAAUAUAAUCCUAACCUUGAUUUUACAACAAUUUGGAAAAAUUUAUCACCUAAAAAUAUAAAACGCUUAGAGAAUUUAAAAUUUAAUCAGAAUGAUUCAAUUGAUGAAUUAAAUGAUAAGUUGUUGACAUUAAUUUAUGCUGGAAAUUUCAAAAAGUUGGAGCAAGAUGAAAUUGAAGAUACUUUAUUUUUUAUUUAUAAUGAAUUAGGUUGGGAAAUAUAA